UGAAGUUGAUGGGUCAGUCCAAAUGGGUUUAAGCUUUAGGCUUCAAGAAUGGUAUCGCCAUAAUUUCUUGGUUGGUUGAUUGAGACUUCAAUUUAAUAUCAUGUAUUCCAAUUGUUUACUUCAACUCUACUCUGGUAAAUUUCUCCGAAGUUUCUCGCUCGCUUCCCUCCUAAUUUCUUCCUUCUCUUUCCAAUCACUGAACUUAACUACCAAUUCCAUAUCAAACCGAUAAAGCCCUAGAUCAGUGCAGGAACUUCAGCUUUCAAGGUUUCGCCAAGUUUCUCCCAUGGCCGGAAUGCUUCCAGGUGUAGAGUGUGCUCGAAGAAGACGGUUACAUCAAACCAAAGCAUGCUCGGAUUCACCGCCCAUCGUCGCCACUCGGACCUUAACCAGGAAAUCCGUUCUCUGCUUGUACACAAGCAACCACGAAACGCUCCUCGCUUCAAAUCCCUCUCUGCAAGGAAGCCUGCUAGUCGAGGCACAAGAAAACGAUAAUCUGGACGGAAUCGCGAGAGAGGCGAAGAGGAGAUUGGACGAGCGAUUGAGGAAAUCAGAGGAUAAAAGAGGGAUAGCGACGAGAAAGUUCAGUUGGACGAAUUGGAUCGCCGGCGAGCAAAACAAUUGUGGUCAGUGCUGGUGAUGAAGACAACUUCAUUCCAGUGGCUCCUUCUUCUUCUUCUUCCGCACAGUGCUUGUUUUUAUUUAUUCAACACAGGAUGGGAUGAUAGCUUUUUUUAUUUAGAACUGCUCGUAAUUUCCUCCAGAUUUUUCGUUAACUCGUGACGAAAAACAUUUGUCAAUAUGUUUUCUGAUGUAUGAGAUGUUAGAAUACAGAGAUGUUUUUGGUUUAUCUGAAUGAUUCUGCUUA